UGUAGCUUGAUACUUCCUUUCUCUUCGAUUAUGUCUGGAGUAACUGGAAAAAAGAUAGAUAUUUUGUUCCAGGAAUUCAGAGAAGCUCUGAAUAAAAAUAUUUUUGAUAUUCAGAAAGGUGGGGUUUCUCUUCAAUUCAAAGACUACUUGCAAGAGCCAGAAAUAGAAGAAUUGCCUAGAUUAUUUGAGAUUGGCGUUGAUGCAUUCUACAGAGGAGAGUAUGUUGAUGAAAGAGAGUAUCAACCUUUACCUGGUUUUACCACCAGAAGAAAUAUUCGUCAUAAAAUGGACGGUCGGAUUCAAAUAACAAAAGAUGAAAUUUUCAACUCUUUGCCUCCUGAAAAUCUUGUUUUGCGUUCGGCGAAUAAAACAAAAUCUCAAGAAUUUCUUCAUGUUAUGAUCGUUGGUCCUGCCGGAUCAGGGAAGACAACAAUUUUGAAAAGAUUUGCUCGAGAUGCUUGCCGUGGAAUUGUUCCUCAAAUUCAACAAAAAGUUGUGUUGAUUCAUUGGAUAAGCUGCCGAAGUUUCAGCAAUGAAAAAAAGAUUUCUGUACCCGAAUUUCUUUUUCGAUAUAUGAAUCACAAACCCACUGAUGAAGCUAUCAAAUAUGGAUAUGAAUGGAUGUUGAGAAAUUCCGAAAAUGUCAUUUUGAUUCUUGAUUCUCUUGAUACAUUGACAUAUGAAGUGGAUGAUGAAUCACAAAUAAUAGGCCCAUAUGAGUGUUCUUCUCCAGGCACGAUUCUGUACAAUAUAUUUCUGGGAAAAAUUCUACCUAAGGCGCAAAUUCUGUCAUCUUCUCGCGAGUAUAAAAUCAGGAAUUAUAAAGGCGAACUUUGUGCAGAUAGAAUAAUUUCUCUUGGUGGUCUCACAAAUGAUUCAAUUCAUAACCUUGUGUUUGGAUUCCUUGAAAAUAAUAAAGCAGAGCGAGUAUUGAAUAUAUUACACACUCAAAGCCUUGAUCUGAUGUCGCUUUGUGAAACACCAGUGUUCCUCGCUUUCACAUUGGUUGGAUUGGUUCAAAAAGGUGUUGAUCAUUCAUUUGUACCUAACACAAUGUCAGGAGUUAUGGUUAAUCUUUUCCAUUCACUUUUACAUUCCAAACAUGCUCGAGCUCUAGAAAGAUUCAGCACAGAAUAUGUCAUUGCCGCUAUUAAUAAAAUGAAGAAACUUUCUUUUCAAGGUACUGAGCAGAGAAAGGUUUUGUUCAAAAACGAAGAUCUGAAGAAAGUUCAUUUGACAACAGAAGAAAUCACGGAUCUUGCAAUUGUCGUACCAGGAAAAACACAAGAACCGUUCUAUCAGCAAAUUUUAGAAGGAGAAGCAAUUGCUAUCUUUGCCCACCAAGUUCUUCAAGAAGUUCUUACAGCUCUGUCUGUAGCUGAGAUGACCGAACACAACUUCAAAUAUUUUAUAUCUGAAUUUAUUCAUCAACCUUACUUCUCAGUUAUUAGAAGAAUAACUUGCGGAACAUUGCUCAAUGAGGAUGUUUUUGAAGAAGCUUCUGAAAAUCUUCUACAAGUCACAGGAGAUGCCAAACAGCUUCAGAAAAUUUUGACAACAAGUAUGGCAGAAGAAUUGAAACAUUUGAAUGAUCUUGGCAUGGUGGAUCGUCUAGAGUUAUUCAGAGCGAUCCAUGAAGCAGGGAUGGGAGCAAAAAGUAUUGUUCCAUCGAUCUUAGCAAAGAUUAGUCUGAUGAAUACAACAUUAAUAAUGUCUGAUAUGUAUGCACUGGCUUCUUCAAUUUUCUACUGCGAAUGUUUGAUGAAAUUUAGUAUUGUCAAUUGCAAGCUCACAUCAGAUGUACUAUAUGGCUUUUCGAGCAGAUUGGAACAAUCCACACUACAGAUCAUUGAGCUGGAGAUUGUUGGCGAAAGCAACAUGGAACCAGAUGGCCUUUUGACUGUUGGCAAAAUAGUUCAAGAUAGAAUGGUUGAAAAUUUGAAACUGGUAUUAUGUGAACUCAAGUCUAAAGAAGUUGAAGCUUUAAGCCUUGGACUUGAAACUGCACCAUUAAAAUUGCUGGAUAUAAGUGAUAACCAUCACAUGGGAGUUGAAGGUUUAUUAACAAUUGGAAAAGUAACAGACAAAUGUCGCUUAUUUUCUCUUAUUUUAUCUGGUUGCAAACUGAACCCCGUUCUGCUAGAUGCACUUAAAAAUGGACUUGGAAAUGCAAAGCUAAACCUAUUGGAUGUGUCUCGUAACAAAGAUAUGUCUGAAGAAGGAAUGAAAACAUUGGGAGGAAUUAUUGUUAAACACAAAGUAAAAGAACUAGGUAUCAGUGGAUGCAGGUUAAAGGAAAAUGAAGGAAUUGUUCUCAGAGAUUCCAUAGGCAAUUACAAAUUGGAAAAUUUACUUGUCAAAAGACGUGUUGAAUAUUUUGGUUAUUAUGAUCACCAUGAUGAUCCUCAAUGUUAUGCUGUUGGAAGGAUUCUUCCUGUUGUAUCUAAAUGUGUUGAUAUGACUGGCCAUGAUUUGAAAGAAGUAGAUCAAAUAUUUCUACGAAAUAAACUUGAUGAACUUUAUCCUGAGGAACCAACUAUAAUAUUUGCCGACGAAGAUAAUCCAACAAAUUUGAUUACAAAAUACCGGCAAUCAACACUACAGUCUUCCUUAGGUAUCGAUGAAGAUUCUAGUGUGCUGGCUUCGAAGUCAUUGCAAAAAGAGAUUGGGCCAAAAGGUGGACGAAUAAAUAUUGGAUCUUGCUUGCUCAUCUUUCAUGAAGGAUCAUUUGAUGAAGUCACACUGGUUUCAGUAGUUUUGGAGAUUGAUAGUUCCAAGUGGCCAAAGGGUUAUAUGUGCAUAACUGCUAUGUUGAUUGUGGAUGCAAAAAACUUACGAAAACCUGUUACUGUGCGCAUUGGAUCUUGGUGUAAAAAUGAUGGUACAAAGAAGUCCAAAAAUAGCUUUGUAGAUGUACUCCAUCUUGCAGAUGGUGAAUCUGAGUGGGAUGUUAUCACACGUUUACCAUUCAAUAAUGACUUGGUUUUUCAGUUUGAAUGUCGCGAUUUUAGUCCUGUUAUCAUAGGUAGACCAGGAGAAUCUCUUGGAUUGGAGUGUUUUGUUAUUGAAAGUUACAUAUUUGCAAAUGCUCAAAAUAAUUUUUCUCUUGCAUUUUGUCUUUCUGAUGAAAUGAUGGAAGAUAAAUUAAUGAAAAGAAUGGAAAGACGGGAAUCAAAAAUGAAGAUAAAUUUUAGUCCAAUCUCAGUUCAAGAAUCAGACAAACUAAAGACAAUACUUGUUUGCCAACGUCCAGAUAGUUUUUCAUUUAGUUGUUGUGAUGACAUCACUACCAGUUGCCAAUUUUCCUUCAAAAUUGAUUCAAAUUUUCUCAGACUUAAAAAGUGGAAAAUGUUCAAUUUUUUUAUAAUUGGUACUCGUAACGAAUCUCGACGUAUUCAUUUGAAAUGUGAUAUCUAUAAAAAUGAUGUGAUUGAAGAAGAAGACCAAUGUUUUCAGUAUGAUUGGCGCAAGGAAAACAGUUCUGAUAAUUCACAGUUACCUCAACAAUUGAAAAGGUUGGGAAGUGUUUCAGCUUCUUCUGCUCAAUCUAACAUUCGAUUGCAAGAGCUAUCACAGGCUGUCAAAACAUCUAGCGGUGUGGAAGUAGCUUCAGGAGGUGCUACUGAAUCUACAAGCAACACACCUACUACAGUAUAUCUACAACCGAUUACCUUCAACAUUGAAAACAAGAACAAUUACACAGCAACCAAUCUAGCAAAUAAUGGAGCACACAUUGAAUAUACGUCAUCUGCUGGAUUGUCUAUUGCUGCAGGAGCACCUGAAAGUACUUCAUCUGCUUUAGAAGCUGCUUCAUCAGCUAUCAGUGAUUCAAACUUGAAACAACUUUUACCCGGUGGAAACGUUUCAACUCAUGAUGAACAAAGUGAGGCAAAUCAAAAAACUGAAGAUGAAACUAGUUCAAUCAAAAAGGAAGAAACCGAAGUAAUCAAUGAACCUUAAGAUACAAAUAAAAUUGUAUAUAUAUAACUAUGAGGUGUUUGAAAUAUGUAUGCUUAUGUAUACUCACAUCCUGAUCCUAUGGAAUUCUAGUUAUAUCAGGAAAUUUGAUUUGUUAUCAUCGCAUUUUUGACUUGAAAAUGAAAACUGUGAUCUUGUUUUUGAUACUAAAUUUUUGAAUUGUGCAAUGCUAUUGUUCAUUUUUAUCAUUGCUUGUUUGUGAUACACAUUAAUUUUACUUUCAUCUUUUGCCUCUUUUUCAACUAACAAUAUACACUUACUCAGCAGAUUUGCGUCAAUGACUAUAGGGAUUGUUGUUUAUUGCAAGAAAGUAACGCGGAGACUUCAAGUAAAUUACACACAUGCACAAAACCCACAUAGGUGUAUCCGGUGCUUGUGAUGAAUUUGAACUCAAAUUCUCAAACUAUUUUGUACAUAACCAAAAUCCUAUUAGACAAACUUGUUUGUUGCAGCUAUUUUAGCAUGGUUUUGAAAUAAGUUGUGGUUGAAACUUUCUGUGCAGUAUGAUCAUGACCAGUUCUUAUUGUUAUAGUAUGAAAACUUCUUAGGAUAACCUAGCUUCCUCUUUUGCUAGGAGCAUGUAGCAAAUUAAACACAUGUAGCAUAAAAUCUUACAGUUCGUAUUAGCGAACCCACUUCCUUACACCU